GACCACCAGUUCGCGCAGGCGAUUGGGCUUCUCACUAUACGCUCAGAUGCAUUUCAAUAUUAUAAUGCAGUCAAUCUCUCAUGAUGCUGGAGAUAGCUUCUCCCGCCUUAAUCGCCGUCCUGCUUAUUGUCGACCCUGCCAUUGCUGAGGAAUGCCAGCACGUGAGAGGUAUAAUCCCAAUCUUCUUGGAGACGAUUUUCAAUGUGUUCAGCUCAGUAGUAACAAUCCCCUUGAAGGUGGUAAAUCGAAUGGCGAACGAAGCGUCCGUCUACGAGUUGGUGAAAUGUUUCAACCCGUUUCCUGAUAUUUACAGUGAACUAAAAAGGGGUGUGAUUGACUUGCACAUUACAAUGUCACAGCCUGUCACGUGGUUUCCAUGGUUUUACUGUGACGACGAUGACUGUGAUUGUGACUGCGAUGUUUCUGAACCCCUUCAGCAUGUAAACUGUGACUAUAAAAAGCCUGAGAAUGUAAAUCAUGACUGUACGUAAACAUUUUGUACUAUACACAGACUAUAAAUCAUGUUUUAUUGUGCUAACAUAGUACUGUUUCAGUUGUACUUAACAAAAGAGACUCAAGUGUUAAAUGGUGUAUAUAACUAAUAUUACGCACUUUUUGUAAAUAUUAGGUUUAUUAAAUUAAGUGAUGUUAAUGUA